GGUCCAUCAGAAAUCUGUGUAUAGCAUCUACAAUUUUUGUGUUUUGUCAAAAGUGAAAUUUAAAGUGAUACGUUUGCUGUCUCCUUACUUCAUCAACAACCAAAUUGCAAUGGACAAUUAUGAGAGGGCCAGAAAACUGCAGGAGGAGGCGGGAGUUCCUCCUGGGGGAAUCAAGCGGUGCUGCUGCAACUGCAGGAGAAAGCUGGAUCCCUACCAACUGUUUGACGAUAAUGUGGAGGAUAUAGCCAAGAGCCUGGCGCAGAUAAUGCUGAUCUGUGGCAUCAGCACAAGCAAAUCCAGCGCUGCCAGGUCGAUAAUUAAGAGGGCUUUCGUUUACCAUGAACGACUGCGCACCAAUUGUCCACCAAAUCCGGCUACUGACAGUCGCUUGAAUCGGGAGGACCUGCUCCAGGCUCUGCGACUGAAGUGCGAAAUGGAACCGGUGGAGGCGAUGCUCACCUAUGCCAUCAUCAAGCGGGCCUUUAAGGCCUUCUAUCACGGCAAGCCACCGGUGACGAUCAGCAAUCCCAUAGUGGAUGCGAUGGCGGUGCACACCCAAUAUGCUGCUUGGAUGCAUGCGGCGCACAAGACAUCCAGGAUCUUCGACAACUACAAGGCGGCCUUCUUUUGGGCCCACAAGCACUACGAGAGGCAGAUCAAUCUGGUUUAUGCAGCGCUGUAUCAACGGAUGACUACCAGAUCGGAUCCCCUCCUGGUGCCGGGCUGUCCUUGCAAGGGCUGUUCCAAGCAGGAAGUUCCCGGACAUCCCAAGGCCGGCCAAAGGCAAAUGAUGAAGAUCAAGCUGUCGGAGGGUGCAGAUCUACCAGAACCCUGCAUCAUCUGUGGCUUGCAAGUUCCGCAAAUGGAUAAGGAGGUCAGGAUGAAGAAGCCACCGCGUCCGAUCAUCAACCAUGAGGUUAAUCUACCCAGAUGCCAGCAGUGCAAUUCGCCCUUCCUCAUCUGCGAAUGCAACAUCGAUCAGUUGACGGGCGAGCAGUUUGGCGAAUGCGGCCAAGACUCCUACAAGGUGAAGUGGUAUCGUCUGGAGGAACCAGUGGCCAUUUCCCAACCUGUUUCCCAACCGCUUGGCGAAGAGGAGCAAGAUACCAGCUAUGAUGAAGCUGUGGAACCCCCAGAGGACUGGGACAAUCACCAUUGUCCCAUCGACUGCAAGCACGACUCCUGCAGCGAGUCCUCGAAUGUUUGCCACAGCACUUCUUCAUCUGCAUCUUCGGGCAGUGAUUUUGCCACCUGUUCCGACGGCGUGGACAAAGAGGAGGAUGUUGUGGCCAAGCUGGAGGAUUAUCUCAACAAACUGUGGGCCGAGGAGGUGGCUCAGAAGAGGAAUCCAUCGUAUGUGCCGCGAACGAUUCAUCCUCCUGGUCCGAAGUGUAUGAAGUGCAACGACUAAUUUUGUACGUUUAAAUUUUGGCUAUAUAAAUUAUUGAGUGAUGAAAAGAGAGCUAUUGUUGACCCUUAAUAGCCAGAAACAAGUAGUCUAAGUACAGAACGUGUUUUCUCACCUCUGCUACCAAGUUUGGUUCAACGAGCUGCCACCAUGCCACCAUGCCACCAUCCGGGCCACCCACUCCCACACCUGGGGAAUCGAUCGCCCACACGGGAGCCGGCGCUUAUCACACGCCCACAGAUCGCGUCUUGACAAUGGCCACUUAAAAUGCCAUUGCCGGUUGUAAUCGCCACUAAAUUGCUGGCACCUCGGCUUAUUCGCGGCUGGAGGACGGAAUGGGACGUGGCAUUCGAUGGGAUGGAGCUACUGUUGUCAUCGCCGGCUGCUCCGCCCAGCAGCUCCCAGGAGCUUCCACAUAAAUCGCUGCCUUUAUCUAAGCACUUGCAUCUCGCGCUGGAACAGAGGCUCCUCCAAGCUGCACCACCAGGAUGGUGCGGAUCCGCGGAUUCGGGCCUGUUCACGCUCCUCGCCGCUUAUCAAUCUCAGCUCAUCUGCACGCAGAACAGAACAGAACCGAACUAAACCAAACUGCAACUAAAUGGGCAAAAAGAACCCAAGUCGAAGAACAUCUUCUGCGAAAAAUAAUUCCGCAACUUGUCACAUUUUGUAAGAUUCAAAGUCGCAGAGACAGGCACUAAACUGCAGACGCCUCUGCGCCAGGGAUUCUGGGAUGGGCCUGCAAUGAAAGGAGUCCUUGACUGUCGGGAUUUAACUAUUUUUAUAGGGUAUUCGUAGAUAAAGGGGCAUACUCGAAUGUUAACAGCUACAUAAAUAUAAUAAUUAUUAAUGGCAACAUAUUGAUCUU